AUGGAGCAGAUGACAUCCGCAGCACAACGGUCUGGCGCGGAUUUGACCUUCAGACUAUCCUCCAAAGAUAUCAGGCGCUUCUGGUGCAAGUGCACCUCCCAGCAGACCCUAUGCCAAUUUCCCCGUCGCGAGCAGUUCCAACCGAGACCGCUCUCAGAGAGAAGCUUGGAGAAUACGUGUAUCCAAGAGUCCGACGGGCUCUUCCAGGCCGCAUUUCAACAUCUCGCAACAGUUGGACAAACGAAUGGGUCCACGGCCCUUAAAUUUGGAUCAGGAGAUUUCACAAAGGUUAUUAAUAGCUUCCGGCCCGACACUGCCUACUUUGUGUCUACACUUCCAUCCGCUACUGGUCCGAAUCAUGCUCCUGGGGAUAUCAAACCAUCCUGGAAAUGGAGUACUGCUAUGGCAUUCCAGGGUAUCAUGCUGAAUAUCACCAAGCGCUCAGCUAGGUAA